GGACAGUCUCUAACACUCAGGAUCUGAGGCCCUGGCACCCCCUCGUGGUCUCUUGGGUCUGCAGCAGAGUUGAGUACUGAAAGGCAGCUAGGUGUCCCAGAGGAGUGCAGCCAGGAGGCUCAGGGUCUCUGGAGGGAGCCUUGAGAGCCCAGGGUUUGGGUCUUUAUAUAGGAGGUGGGAAAUCUCCAGAGCCUGGGAACUCAACACGUUAUGCUCAGUUGAACCUCUUCCACUUAGCAGUACUUCUUGUGCCAUCUGAACCUGAAUACAGAAUCUAGGCCCCCUAAGCUGAGGCAGGCAUGCCCUACAGAUGCCCUUAGGCAAAUCCUAGAACACACACAAGGAACAGAUCAGGAGAAGGAUGGGAGAUGAGUUCCACUCCUCCUUGCCCAUGGGAGCACCAGACCUGCUCUGGGAAUAGCAGACAUGUGACAACAGGCCUGCAAAACAUUCUCUGGAAGAGCCCGGCCAUCUCUGCAAGUCAGGGAUCUUGUUGCAGUCAAAUACACAUGUACACAUAGGCACAGGCACAUGCAAGUAUGCACACAUACACAUGUAGAAAUGCACAUGUGCACAGGCACGUGCUUACAUAAGCACAGGCAAAAGUAGGCAUGUGCAUGCUAAUGCAUGCACUGCUCAUGUACAAGCAUCCACACAUCCAUACACAAAUACACAAAUGCACAUGUUAAUCCACAUAAGCACAGCAAAGUACACAUAGAAGCACAUGUGCACAUAAGGAAAAACAAAACCAUGUCUACACACAUACACACAUGUACAAAGGCAUGCGUAGGCAUACAUGUACUCAAUGGCACAAACAGGCACAUGUGUACACACAAGUAUACAUACGGACAAAUGUGUCAUGUCAUUGCUUUGGUUGAUGCCAGCAAAGGAUAGCCGCACACACACCCAGGCACACACAGUGGACAUGUACGCCCCCACCCCAAGUCUGUUGGAAUCAUGGAGUUAUGUAGAGGCCCUGCCCAGGUGAGAUCCAGCCCUCAGUACCAGGCAAAUGCAAUUCCCUGCUUUCCUUCUUGACUCUCUGCAGAGCAUGGAACCCUGGUCUGGAGUCACCCAGCCCUUCUCAACCACUUCCUUCUAUGUGACCGUCUGAGCCUCUACUUCGUCAUCAGUAAAAUGGGGCUGAUGAUGUAGGUACCCAUUCACCGGGGACCAUGUGAGCUUACAAAAUAAGGAGCAGCACUGAGUCCAGGGCUGGGCAGGGGCAGGUGCUCCAUGCUUGCUUCUCCCUCUACUCCCUGUUGCCAGCCCCACCCCAACUGUCCCCACCCUAGGGACUCAAGGUCCUAUUCUCCCCCUUCUAAGCUUGCACCCUAUGGAACACAACUCCCUGCUCUGGCUCACGGGCUGGACUGUCCCCAGGAUCUCUCUUAGAGGGUUGGGGCAGGAAGAGAGGGGUGCAGAGUCAGCAGUUGAGAGAUUGGGGCCAUGCCAUCCUGAUUAGAAGGGCUGGGGGCUGAGCUGGAUUCACCUGUCCUUGUCUCUCAUUGGCUCUUGGGAACCCCUGGCCCCUAAAUCCCACUAAGCAGCCCCACCAGGGCCUGCACAGGUCUGUGGGGGGGCCAGUUGAUUGCCAGUCUUGGGGCCAGAAGGGUGUCUGAGGAGGCCUGAGGCUGGCCUGAGCCUGGCUCUGGGGAUCCCCUCCAUCUAGAGGAACCAACUAACCACCCUGUUCACCCGCUGCCGGGACCAUGGGGGCUGGGGCCAGCGCCGAGGAGAAGCACUCAAGGGAACUGGAAAAGAAGCUAAAAGAAGAUGCCGAGAAGGAUGCUCGAACCGUGAAACUGCUGCUUCUGGGUGCCGGUGAGUCCGGGAAGAGCACCAUUGUCAAGCAGAUGAAGAUUAUCCACCAGGAUGGGUACUCUCUGGAAGAGUGCCUCGAGUUCAUUGCCAUCAUCUACGGCAACACACUGCAGUCCAUCCUCGCUAUCGUGCGUGCCAUGACCACGCUCAACAUCCAGUAUGGAGACUCUGCGCGCCAGGACGACGCCCGGAAGCUGAUGCACAUGGCGGACACCAUCGAGGAGGGCACGAUGCCCAAGGAGAUGUCAGACAUCAUCCAGCGGCUGUGGAAGGACUCGGGUAUCCAGGCCUGUUUCGAACGCGCCUCUGAGUACCAGCUCAACGACUCGGCGGGCUACUACCUCUCCGACCUGGAGCGCCUGGUAACCCCGGGCUACGUGCCCACUGAGCAGGACGUGCUGCGCUCGCGUGUCAAGACCACGGGUAUCAUUGAGACUCAGUUCUCCUUCAAGGACCUCCACUUCCGGUACGACCCGGCGAGCCCUCACCCUUGCUCUCGCUCUAGGGGUCUGGCCCAGAGUGCAGCUCCCCGAGGCCCCGACAGGUCCCGGAGACCCCAUCCCUACGAGAGCCCUUGUUCCUUCUAUGAUACCCUGCCCGCAGAAAGGCUCGGGCCCUCCACAUGCCAGUCCCAUCCGAAUGCCGCCCAGUCAGCAUUAGGAGGCCACGGGAUACCUGUGGGCGCGUUCAGGGGGCUCGAUGCGCACGGGUUCAGGUCCCAAUUGUCCCAUAGGAUGUUCGAUGUGGGCGGGCAGCGCUCCGAGCGCAAGAAGUGGAUCCAUUGCUUCGAGGGUGUAACCUGUAUCAUCUUCAUCGCGGCACUGAGCGCAUACGACAUGGUGCUGGUGGAGGACGACGAAGUGAACCGCAUGCACGAGAGCCUGCACCUGUUCAACAGCAUCUGCAACCACCGCUAUUUCGCUACCACGUCCAUUGUGCUCUUCCUCAACAAGAAAGACGUUUUCUCAGAGAAGAUAAAAAAGGCGCAUCUCAGCAUCUGCUUCCCUGAUUACGACGGGCCCAACACGUACGAGGACGCGGGCAACUACAUCAAGGUGCAGUUCCUGGAGCUCAACAUGCGACGCGACGUGAAGGAGAUCUAUUCCCACAUGACUUGCGCUACCGACACACAGAACGUCAAGUUUGUCUUCGAUGCUGUCACCGAUAUCAUCAUCAAGGAGAACCUCAAAGAUUGCGGCCUCUUUUGAGGUGCUUGAACUCACGUGUGUCCCUGACACCCGGUAGCCCUAGCCACCUCGUAGCCCUAGCACACAAGAGCCUCUCAGCCCCCCAGGACUCCUGGGCCCCAGCGUGAGGCCCCACCAGCCACGCCACAGAUCCAAAGCCCUGAGCCCCACCAGCCUUGAGGCCCCAGCCCUCCCCCGUGGUUCCCAGGUCUCCCAGAGCCAGGUACCCCCAACCCGACUGCUGCCCUUCACGGCCUGGCUGCGCUGGCCUCCAGGACCCACCCCAGCCAGCCCCAGCUAGGAGCAGGCAGGACUUGGGGCAGCUAGAGCUCACAGUGACUCAGCAUGUCCAACUGACCAAUCUCCUACAGGUCUCUCCGCAGGGGGCCCAUGACUCACCUGGUGGGUCUGGGCUCGGCAAACAGCCCUCCCUCCCAGUUUCCUGAAGAGCAGUGGGGCAGGCAGGGAUCCCUCCUCCAAGCAGGCCUGCUGCUGACCAUCAGCCCAUUCCAGCCUUACCACCUCCAUGUGACAAAUCUGACACCUGUCUCUACCCGGUGGCCAGUGACUGUCCCUCUCAGUAGCUUCAGGAGUCCAAAGUCCAAGUCAGUCUGGCCUGUGCAGCUCCUGCAUAGAUGAAUUAAUGAGUGGAGGCAGGCCUGGGAGACCAUGGGCGCCAGGAAGAGACUCAAGCUGUACCCUUCCCCAUACAGCAGGCUCAGAGUACCCCCUAGACCCUCCACCCACAGGCUCUGCCCCCUCUGUCCUUGUCCUUGGACACCAGAUCCAUGUCCUACCUCACCACCACCCCGCCCACAGUACUCCAGGCCAGCCGGCCAAGGGGACGGUGUUUUGAGGGAGGGUACUGUUGACACCAGCUGUGGCCAAUGGUCAAACUGUCCUGAGGGGUGGCUGGGGGCAGAGUCCGGCUCCUAUCGAUCAGCCCCAGGCUGGGACAUGACUGAGGCCCAGGUUGGGCCCAAGAGGGGUCUACCUCAGGUGGGGUCAUAAGUAAACCCAGGUAACCCUCUUGUCCCUCUCACCCUUUCCAUUCAGGGUCCAUUUGCUGGCAGGAAAAACUGAGGGCCAUGCCUGAAUUUUGUUAGGGACAAAGGCCCAAGUCCCUAUAUCCCUGCCCCCUACUUCCUCAUCAAGCCUCGAGUCCUUGCUGAUGCCUGUGGGCCAGGACCUAUGCUGCAGUGGGGGAUGGGGGGUUUCUGUCUCGCAAGGCCAGAGCAUGAUCCACACUCCCCUCAGAUAGAUGCACAGACUCAGCAAUAAACCUUUGCAUCAGG